AUGUCUGACGACGAGCGUGUUACCAAGCCCUUUAAGUUCGUCACUGGUGUCGAUGCGCGGUUCCCCAACACGAACCAAACCAAGCACUGCUGGCAGAACUACGUCGAUUACCAUAAGUGCAUCCUGGCCAAGGGCGAGGAGUUCGCCCCCUGCCGUCAGUACAAGCGCUGGGAUGACCAGAGAGAAGCCGGAACGUUCCCGGUCCGCCUUGAGUAA